GGUUGUUCCAGCGAGCCAUCAUGCAGUCCGGGGCGGCGCUGUGUCCGUGGGCGCUGAGGGAGGACCACAGGCAGGUGGCGAUGAAGAUGAGUGACCUGUUCAACUGCUCCGCCGUGGACGAGGCUUCCUCUUCGCUGGACGGCGCCGCGCUGGCCGAGUGCCUGAGGGAAGUGCCCUUCGACGAACUCACUGGAGCGCCGAGCAAGUUCAUGGUCAUCAACAACGGCCCUGUGGUGAUGACCCCAGGCGUGGACGGGGAGUACCUGCCGGAGCACCCCGCCGUUCUCCUGCGGGAGGGAAGGUACAACAAGGUCGACAUCAUCUCCGGCAUCAACCGAAACGAUGGCGCCUUGUCAAGCACUCCCUACCUGGCCGACCCACCUUUACUGGACAGUCUGUUUGCGAACUUCAGCGUGAACGGACCGAUUUCCUUAAACUUCGAGGCCUGGGAGGACGACCCCGAUUACCUGACACGGCGGGCCUACCACCACUACCUAGGUCCUCUGGCGGUCCCCCUGGAGAAGGCCGAGCAGUUCACGCAGAUGUACACCGACAGAAUGUUCAGCACGUGCCACAUGGACGCCGUGCAGCACCACAUGCGGGAUGAGGCUUCAGGGAACCGCGUCUUCGCCUACGAACUCCAGCAUCGCGGGGAACACAGCUUCUUUGACGAUAUAUACCCUCUGGGUAACGUUAGCAAAGACUGGGUCUGUCACGGAGACGAUAUUCAGUAUCUGUUCUACAAAGAGACCGACAACAAGGACCUGACAAGGAGCGAGGACCGUUUCGUCAGCCGCAUCAUGGUGGACCUCUGGACCAACUUCGCCUCGGCUGGGCACCCAACGCCCGACCUCUCCCUGGGCUUCAUCUGGGCACCGAUGACGAGUGCCAGUGAGUCCUACCUGGCCAUCACUCCUGCGCCCUUCAUGGAGGACUACCAGAACCAAGAGGUACUAGAAUUCUGGAGGAACAUGCCAACGAGGACGAACAAGUUGCUCUACAAGGACCGCUUCACCCCGAGCCCUGUGUACUAGACCAGUGUACUGAGAGAGAGAGAGAGAGGAGGAGAGAGGGAGAGAGAGGGGGAGAAGGAGAGA